AUGGAUUAUCUUAGCGUGGAGCAGGUUGUUCAGAUUAAACUGGGGCGAGGUACAGUUUUGAAUUCUGAACUUGAAGAGACAUUGGUUCGCUAUGUCCUUGAAAUGGAAGCCAAGUUUUUUGGCUUAACCCGCAAAGACAUUAAACGUAUGCCAUUUACCUUGGCAGAAAGAAACGGCAUAAAGCAUCCAUUUGGAAACACAAAAGCAGCAGGUAGGGGCUGGCUAGAUCUAUUUUUACAAAGGCAUAAAAAUACCUUGUCAAUUAGAAAACCUACUGAGACAUCUUUGGCUCGCGCCAACUGGUUUAACAAAGAGAGUGUUGACUUUUUCACACUUUUGCAAGCAGAGUACGAAAAACACAACUUUCCAGCUAAUCGCGUGUUUAAUGUGGAUGAGACUGGCCUUACUGUGGUACAAAAUAAGGUCGCUGAUGUAGUCGGUCGUAAGGGUAAAAGACAAAUUGUCUCUUUAACCUCCAUGGAGAGAGGCUUUUUAAUCACUUUGAUAGCCUGCAUGAGUGCAGGGAGAGACUUCGUACCACCGAUGCUCAUUUUUCCUAGGAAAAAUAUGAAUAUUCAUCUAAUGAAAGGCACCCCUCCAGGAUCUAUAAUAAGCAGUUCACCCUAG